AUGAGAGCCAAGUCUCCAAGGAGGAGAGCAAAGCCUCAGAGGAAGUAUUCAGGCUUCACAGUGUCCAACAAGAUACUGGAGGCUGUUUCCGCUUCCAGAGAGCGCCACGGCAUGUCCCUUCCAGCCUUGAAGAAGGCUCUGCAGGCUGGAGGAUACAAUGUUGCGAGGAACAACGCCAGGGUCCUCCUCACCAUAAGACGCCUAGUGGCCAGCAAAGAUUUGGUUCAGAACAAGGGCCCCUCAGGCUCCCUCAAGGAGAUCCAAAUCUCAAAUAAGAUACAGAUCUCCAAAGAGAUCCAGGUCUCCAAUGAGAUCAAAAUCUCCAAUGAGAUCCGAAUCUCCAAAGAUGAGAGCCAAGUCUCCAAAGAUGGGAGCAAAGUCUCCAAUGAGAUCGAGAUCUCCAUGGAGAUCCAAAUCUCCAAUGAGAUCUUCAGUGAGACUUCGGAAUUUAAUAGAAGAGUCAUGACUCCAAAGACUAGAGCAAAGUCUCCAAGGAGAACCAAAUCUCCAAUGAGAUCCAGGUCUCCAAUGAGAUCCAGGUCUUCAAGGAGAUCCAGACGGCCCCGGACAAAGGAAACAAGAAGACGACACAACUACACAAAGUUCACUAGACGCAGGGCAAACUAA